AUGUCUGAAAAUUUGAGCAGUCAAGAAUUGAUCAAUCUUGAACAUAUUUAUGGUGCCCACAAGGGUGAAGGGGCUUAUGUGUGGGAUCGUGAAAAUAAUAAGUAUUUAGAUUUCUUGUGUGCCUAUUCGGCUGUGAAUCAAGGUCAUUGCCAUCCAAAAAUUGUAAAGGCUCUUUGUGACCAAGCUCAAAAGCUUUGCUUGAGUUCUAGAGCAUUUUAUAAUGAUGUCUUUGGAACAUAUGCAAAAUAUAUUACUGAGUAUUUUGGCUAUUCCAUGGUGCUUCCAAUGAACACUGGAGCUGAAGCAGUAGAGACUGGAAUCAAACUCGCUCGUAAAUGGGGAUACAUUAAGAAGGGCAUCCCAGAGAAUCAAGCAAUUAUAUUAUCAUGCUUAAACAAUUUCCAUGGCCGUACAUUAACUGUUGUGUCUAUGUCGUCUGAUCCGGAUUGUCGUAAAGAAUUCGGUCCAUAUAUGUCACAUAUUGGACCUGUUUGUCCAGCAACCGGACGCACAAUAAACUAUAAUUCCAUCGAUGAUUUAGAAGCUGCAUUAGAAGCUCAUGGCCGAAAUGUAGCUGGUUUUCUAGUAGAACCUAUUCAAGGAGAGGCUGGCAUACACGUCCCCGACGACGGAUAUUUAAAGAGAUGUUAUGACUUGUGCAAGAAACAUAAUGUUUUAUUAAUUGUUGAUGAAAUUCAAACGGGUCUCGCCCGUACUGGCAAAAUGCUUUGUCAGGAACAUGAUGGAGUUAAGGCGGAUAUUACUUUGCUAGGAAAAGCGCUUUCAGGUGGCGUUUAUCCGGUUUCGGCUGUUCUCGCCGACAAAGAAAUUAUGCUAUGCAUUAAGCCCGGUGAGCAUGGUUCUACCUAUGGUGGUAACCCAUUGGGUAGUGCUGUGGCAAUUGCUGCGCUUGAGGUAAUAAAGGAGGAGAAUUUAGUGGAAAGAUCCGAAAUACUAGGUGAAAAAUUCCGCAACGCUAUUCGCAAAAUAGAUUCACCACUUAUUCAAUGUGUGCGAGGACGUGGAUUGUUAAAUGCUGUUGUUAUUGAUGAAAAAAAGGCCAAUAGAACGGCAUGGCAACUAUGCUUGCUACUCAAAUCACGGGGUUUGCUUGCGAAGCCUACCCACGUCAAUAUUAUUCGACUCGCACCCGCUUUAACCAUCAGCGAGGAAGAUUUGAUGAAAGGGAUUAAAAUUAUUGAAGGAGCAUUGAAAGAUAUCGUUAAUAUGAAAGUUAAUGAUAUUCCGGGAUAUUUAGAAGAUUUAAAAUUAAAUGAGCAUAGUUUGUAA